AACCUAUUAAAUUUUCAAUAUGAGAGAAAAAGUAAAAUGUAUUUGGGAUAGAAUUUAUAGUUUUUCAUAAUACAAUAAAUCAUUAACUAGAGAAUAAUUCUUCAAUUUGGUAUUUUCAUCACUAACUUAAGUAUUUGAAUAAGUUUUUCUUCUUUCAGAAUAGUAUUAUUAAAAUGAUCAUUCUAUUAUCAAGGCCAUAAAUAAACUAUUGCUAUUGAAAAGUAUUUUAUCUAAUGGAUAUCAUUAUACAUUGGUGUAUGAUAAUUCUCAUAAAUUGGUUGUUCAGAGAAAGCACUCAAGUUGAUACUUCAAAAGGAUAUUGUGCCCAGUAUAAUGGAAAAACUUGUAGAAAAUACUUAAAUGCUUCAAUUUUGAUAUGGUUUAAUAACACUUUGGAAAAUGAAGGAAGUGAACAAAAUGAAAUAAUAACUGCUGGUUUAUGGGAUGAAAUGUUACCAGGUUUUUCUAAAACUUGUAGACAAGCAGCAGAGAAGUUGUUAUGUCUGUAUGCUUUUCCUCAUUGUUAUCAAGAAAAAUAUCUCCCUCUAUGUUAUGAAGACUGUAUUGCUGUUCGAGAAUUGUUUUGUUACAAAGAGUGGGCCGUAAUAGAUGCUAACAAACAACGUGGUAUAUUUUAUAAAUCAAAAGGACAUUUCUCUUUACCACAUUGUGAAAGUUUACCACGUUAUUCUCAAAGUAUACCUGUAUGCUCUCAUGCUAUGUUAACAGAAUUUAAACAAAAUGAAGUUACUACUGAUUGCAUAAGUGGAAAUGGUCGGUUUUAUCAAGGAAAUAUGAAUGUUACCAAGUCUGGUUUACCAUGUCAACGAUGGGACUCAAAAACACCUCAUGAAUUUGUAAGACCUCCUAAUGUGUUUCCUGAAUUAAAGAAUUCAGAAAAUUUCUGUCGAAAUGCUGGAGGUGAAGAAUCAAGUCCAUGGUGUUACACCACUGAUCCUGAUGUAAGAUGGCAAAAAUGUGAAAUACAGCUUUGUGAAAAAAAUGGAUCCCUUGAUAUAAUAAAUAUUAAGAUUGAUUUAAAUUAUAAUGUUACAACUAUGAGUACCAGUUCUAUCUAUCAGGCACUAAAUUAUAUUCAAACAUUUAUAGAACAGACUUCAGCAACACACUUUCAUGUAUUUCUAAUAAUUAUCGGAGUGUUGAUUAUUUUAAUUUCCAUAAUUAUUGUAGUUUUGUGCAAUAAACUAAUGUCAAAUAAAGCUUCAUAUACAUCAGCACAAACUCAAGAUGUUGAUAUAGAUUUAGAUAAACUACCCAGUAAUUCAGCAUAUCAUCAUUAUGGAAUGUGUUCAAACCCUAAAUUGGAAAAACUUGAGUUCCCAAGAAAUAAUAUAAUUUAUGUUAAGGAUUUAGGACAAGGAGCUUUUGGUCGUGUAUUUAUGGCUAAAGCUCCUGGUUUAUUAAAAGAUGAAGAAUUUACAUUAGUAGCCGUAAAAAUGUUAAAAGAUGAAGCAUCAAAUGAUCUUCAAGUUGAUUUUGAGAGAGAAGCUUGUUUACUCUCUGAAUUUGAUCAUCCCAAUAUAGUUAAAUUGCUCGGUGUUUGUGCUUUAGGUAAACCUAUGUGCCUACUUUUUGAGUACAUGGGUAGAGGAGAUUUAAAUGAAUUCCUUCGUUCUUGUGCUCCUAGCAACUAUAUUAUACAAUCCAUUGAAGCCAGAGGUGAUGUAUACCGUGAUAUUAAUCUUACAAAUUUAGAUAUGUUAAAAAUUGCACAACAGAUAGCAUCUGGUAUGGUAUAUUUAUCCGACAGAAAAUUUGUACACAGGGAUCUAGCUACCAGAAAUUGUUUAAUUGAUGAUACAAUGACAGUUAAAAUAGCUGAUUUUGGUCUUUCUCAAAAAAUGUAUCUUCAAGAUUAUUAUAAAGGAGAUGAACAUGAUGCUAUACCUGUAAGAUGGAUGCCUCUUGAAAGUAUUCUUUAUAAUAAAUACACAGUUGAAUCUGACGUGUGGGCGUUUGGAGUAUGUCUAUGGGAAAUAUUUUCAUUUGCACUACAACCAUAUUAUGGUAUGACUCAUGAAGAAGUGGUUAAAUUUAUUAAAGAAGGAAAUGUUAUGAGUUGUCCUGAUAAUACACCAAAGAUGGCAUAUGAAAUAAUGAAACAAUGUUGGAGUCGAAAGCCUGAUGAUCGACCAACUUUUCGUACUAUCUAUCAGUCCUUAGAAAAUAUUAGACUAGAAAUAGUAAGUUGCUUCAAUAAUCUUUCUCAACAUAUACACUUGUAAAUAUUUUAAUUUUAUACUAGGGUUUAGUUAGUAUUAAUAUUAGUAAUUAAUACUAAUACUUAUUACACUAUGGUUAAUUAUAAUUUACAUUCUUAAUUUCAACUGAUUUUGUUUAUUACGAGUUUUUUUUUAUUGCUCUAAAAUAUAGUUUGUAAAUAAAAAAAUUUUGAUCUGUUGAACCACAACAAUAUAUUUUAAUAUUUAGUGUUAAAUUUAUGACUAAAAAAAGUGUUUUAUUUUUGUAAAUAAUCAUUAAUUGCAAUAUGAUCUCCUAAUAUUAGGUAGACUUGUCACAAUAAGUCAAUUGUAAUAAUAAUGUAAACUACAUUUUAAUACAGUUUGCUUAGUAAUCAAUCAAAUAAUAAAAGAAAUAAUGCAACUGUAAAGUAAUAUUUAAUAAUUUAAUCUUUUUACUGUUGUUUCAAAAAUAGAUUGGCUUUAAGUUCUAAAUAAUCUUAUUUUAAGUUGUAAUAUAUAUUUAAUACUAGUAAUAGUAUUAUAGUGUACAUAAAAU